AUGACCAAACAAUCCGGCAACAGCCUUCUCAAUCUGCCACUUUCUAUUAGAUUUCGCAUCUACAGUUUUGCAGGGCUGGCUGAUAACCAGGUCAUCCCCCUCGAUCGCAGACAUCGUGUUGAGGAGCAACCGGCCCCCAUUUGGGAAGACUCUGACCGCACACUCAAUCUACAUCUAGUGGACUUAACCAUCUAUUCAGCCCUUAUACUCAUAUGCCGGACUACUCAUGAUGAGGUGUCGCAUAGCUUCUAUUCUACCAAUACGUUCAUCGCCCACGACCUACAAACGUUGGGCCGGCUAGGCCCGUCAUAUCUGGCCACGCUGACCUCUCUCAAACUCAUCCCCUGCCUUACGAAGUACGCGAAUCCCCUCAAAAAAUGCAACUGCAUGCCUCUGGAGUUUGUUGAUGACAAUAAAAUCCUCGACCUGGUGAACCCUUGGAACCACUCCAUCCUCUGGGAGUGGAACUCGAUCAUCAGCAAGAUUGCACCGCAUGUGGCAGGUGAUCGACUUGACUUGAGUAUUUUCUGUCAUGUUUACAAUGAGGAUGCCGCAAGAAGGGUUGUAGACCCUCUACACCACUUCCCUAUCUUAUCUAACUGCCACAUCCGGCUCGGCCCCCUCAAUCGUCGCACCUAUGCUAUCCAGAUGAUAGCUAUGAAAGCCGCUAAAAAGGCCAUGGGCCAGAUAAAUACCCCUGUGCAACCAUUUCGGUUCCUUGACCUCCCCAUUGAAAUUCGUCUACUUGUUUACAGGUACACCGAUCUCAUCAGUCCGCUCAACAAGCUCCAAUGGGACCCAGACCAGGGCUAUACACUUGAAGCAUCAUUGUGCAAACCCGACUGUAGUCCACCUUAUGAGACUUGCCAUCCAAGCAUGCACAGGAACUGCGGGUCCCCUAAUGCCCCCACCUGCCACUGUCGCCAUGGCUUAUCAUCCUGGCACGGCGGAAUGCCUUACUGCUGGACAUGCACUCACUACGCCUGCCAAUUCAACACCUGCAACGCUCGACCUGCAAACGGUACAGACCUGGGCCUAAACUGCUGCGGUGCAAAGUCAUCAGCAUAUUCCCCCGCAUGCCAUUGCUGGAAACCCCCCGUCGCGCUAUUCAGCACAUCUCGAACUAUCCGUGAAGAAACACAGCGAGUGUUCUUCUCUCAAAACGAAUUCGAGAUACCCCACUACAAGUCCUUCUCAUACUCAACCGGAGCCGAAUCUGCGCCGGACAUAUGCGCAGCAGCAAUAUUCUUAGCAGAGGUCGUCCCUGCAGAUAUACUGCCAUACCUCAGUAAACUUACCGUCUCACUCUGGGACUGUGCUAAGAGAACAGCGAAGGAGGACUGGAGCCAGAUUAUAUCAUGCGUCGCCGGUAUAUCAAAUCUCCGCUUUCUAUCCAUUGACACUAGGAUGGGCUUCGAUGAGAUCGCGAUGGCGAUACCGAACACGCGGGAAAUACUAUGUAGUGAGCAGGGACUUGUGGCAGUCAAGGAUGCUAUAAGUCAGUAUGCUUGGCCGGUUGUGACUUCUGAGACGAGGGUGCGGUCAUUCUUCGUGGAAGUUGCAUAUAUUUACUCGCUUGACCUUAAGGUGUUCUAUUCCUAUCGGCGUCCUGAGGACCCGGCUGUUCUUAUAGGAAAUGAGCGUGUUGCAGGAGAUAAUUACGCCUUUGUAAGAGAGUGCUCGGGGCCGGUUGGAGAGCAGGGUAAUGGGAGAUGGCUUGAGGGGUUGCAUCUUUUUGAGGCGUAG